AUGUCGCUCGACGAGACACAAUUGCAAGUGCUGAUGGCCCAAGGUAGUCAAAAAGAACGAAAAUAUGCUCGAAAAAUUGCACCAGUACGCCAAGAUGGCCAUUUGCUUUUAACGACGCUGCUCAUUGCCAAUAUGAUUACAAACGAAACACUACCAAUUAUUGCAGAUCCGGUGCUUGGUGGUGGCAUUCAAGCCGUCAUCGUGUCGAUUGUGUUGGUGGUGAUUUUUGCCGAAUUGAUUCCUCAGAGUGUGUGCUCCAGGUAUGGCUUGUUUAUCGGAGCGCACAUGGCACUUUUUACUCGCAUCGUCAUGAUUAUUUUGUACCCUAUUGCUUGGCCCGUAUCGCGCAUUCUUCAUUAUGUGCUGGGACCACACCACGGUACCAUGUAUCGUCGCGUUGAACUUAAAGAACUUGUGACGAUGCAUGAGGUUGCAGGGGGGCGUGGUGGCGAUCUCAAGCACGACACCGUCACCAUUGUCGGCGGUGCGCUGGACAUGCAGGAAAAGGUUGCCAAGCAGGCCAUGACGCCCAUUGAUCGGGUCAACAUGAUCCCACUGACUGCACGUCUAGAUUAUCCAACGCUUGAGCGAAUCGUGCGUUCGGGACAUUCACGCAUCCCUGUAUACCAAGACAUUAAUGCGUCAGUGCAUGCUUCUGGUGCAUGGACUCCAUCAGCAAGUCGCAAGGGCACCAUAUCUCGUCUAGGCCAAUCGUUUGGACUCAAGCCACCCGUGUCGCACUUCGAGCCAGCGCUGACGACAGAAAGCGCAGAACUGGAGAGGAAUCCCCUCACCGACGACUCAAAAGCGCUGUACUCGGAGCCACCAGUUCCACGCAAAGUGCAUCGCAAAAUUGUCGGUGCCCUGCUCGUGAAACAGUGCGUUUUGCUAGAUCCUGAAGAUGCUGUGCCUGUGAGUGAAAUGCUGAUCAAUGCAUUACCGACAGUGCCAUGGGAUGAACCGCUUCUUAAUGUGCUAAAUGUUUUCCAAGAAGGUCGGUCGCACAUGGCCAUUGUAUCGCCACAUUCCUCACACGCAACCAAGGCUACUGUCCCGCCCAAAACGAAGAUUCCCGCGACUCUGAAUGCAUCGUCAGAACUGGAGCAAGGGUCUGCUCCAUCAACAGAGCCAAGGACGAAAAGUCUGCGUUCUUCCCGUCUUCAGCGUCUACUUCAUCGCAUGCGUGGAGGCAAGGAGAGCGAUUUCGAUGACCCCGACCACCCGAUGAGCGCAAGUGGAACACUUCCACCAGCUACAGUUGUUGAGCAAAACCUGGUGCCGAAUGCCCCGUUAGGUAUCAUCACAUUGGAGGAUGUGUUGGAGGAGUUGAUUGGGGAGGAAAUUCUUGACGAAUACGACUCUGAAGGCGAGGAUGACUCCAUGUCAACAUGGGAAUUCGACGCGAGCGAAAAGAUCGAGGGACCAUCGGACAUGGAUCGCGAGAGUGUGAUGACUGACGACCAGCAGCCAUCACCGCUUGUGUGUGUCAAGUCUCCCAAGGCCGCCUACACGCCGACAUCGUUCCAAAUGCAUGACGCCGCUGUUAAUGACCCUAUUCAACUGACAAAGCCAGCUAUAGCGCCGGACGGUAAAGGCACACCUAGCCACCUACGUACUUAG